AUGCGCAAUGUAGAAGUAUCAGCUCUGUGCCAGGAGGAAGGUGGUGUACUCGGAACAAUCGACCGGCCAUUAGGUACAUGGAUUGCGACUAGCAAGAAAUCUGGUAAAGCAUCUCGGUUGCAUGUCUUUCUAUUACAUGUAACCGAAGAACUCUCCGAUAGCGAAUGGGCCGAGAGUGAUGUCAGGCAACGGCGCUGGGUCGACCUCGAAUAUGCUCUGGAGGUGGUCCAUCGAGAGGAGCAGCACAACGCUUUGUUGACCUUCAAGCAGAGCUUGGUGUAGUUACCUUGGUGUCGAUCGCCAACUCCGCUUACUGUUUGUACCCAGGUUUGUACUAGGUGAGACAGUACGUCCGGGGCUUUCGUGAAUUAGAUCGGAUGAACAUGCGUGCCUAGUUGUAAAUGCGCAAUUGAAACUCGGGGCACGUGACAGUAGUGAAGCAGGGGUUUAGCUUAUUAAGUUUGCGCUUGGGUUGGAGGGCCAGAGGACACAUUCGGUCUGCAUUUAACUGGCAGCAUAGCACAGGUAGGGCAGAGAUCACUCGAUCCUAGCAAAUAGUUUAGUACAUAGCAGAUAUUCUAGUACAUACAUACAAACAUACAUGCAUAUAUAUGGAUGGAUGGAUGAAUGUAUGUAUGUAUGAGCAAAUAGGUAAAAUAAUGGAAAGGAGAGAGAGAGCUGUAUGUGGCGGAGAUCACUAUACCGGUCCACAAAGAAUUAGCAAUCGUUAAAUAGUAUCGUCAACGUGACACUGCGUGUGUCUGACCUGGAACAAGCAAAGGUGGCGGCAAGCGCAAGCCAUUGUGGUCGAUACAGUUCUACGGACCAUACGACCAACCCAGAUUGAGCCAUCUGGUGCUGAGGUAAGGUGUAUAAGUACACAAGAGUCCGUGAGAUUGACAGUGAGUCAAGUCACUCGACAGCACAGGUGACUUGUAUUUCGGCGCAAGUUGUCACUACAGAGGGACAGCUGAUGGGCUAGCGUACGGAAUUAUGAAGUGCUCCGGUUCGUCUGACGUAUAAUCGAGUGUACUAGGGCGUUCCUUAGCCGAGAAGUGCCUACGCACCGCUGGUCAUACUUUUAAAACAGACUAAUGUCGAGUGUACUAGUAGGUCGUUCCUUAGCCAAGAAGUGCCUACGCAUAGCCGGUCAUAGUUAAUUAAAUAGACUAAUUCAAUAAACCAAGAGCGAUGAGCCAUG